CCGUCAUGUGACCGAGGAGCGCUGGAGGCCUGUGCUGGAGAAGGAAGAACCGGCGGGAUUCGGCAGGGGUCCUGGGUCUGGUGGGCGGCUGGCGGGAUGGAGGCGACUUUGGAGCAACACUUAGAGGACACAAUGAAGAAUCCAUCCAUUGUUGGAGUCCUAUGCACGGAUUCACAAGGGCUUAAUCUGGGCUGCCGUGGGACCCUGUCAGAUGAGCACGCCGGGGUCAUAUCUGUUCUAGCCCAGCAAGCAGCUAAGCUCACCUCAGACCCCACCGAUAUUCCUGUGGUGUGUCUAGAAUCAGAUAAUGGGAACAUUAUGAUCCAGAAGCAUGAUGGCAUCACAGUGGCGGUGCACAAGAUGGCCUCCUGAUGUCGCCGCAGCUCUGCCGCCGCCGACGCAGGGGUGCGGGCGUCUCCGCGUGAAUUACUGCGCACGCUCUGACAGCUGCAGUAGUUAGGCUGUUCACUGACGGCUUUGGGCACUUUUAAGUUUAGAGUAAGUUGCUUUUCGACACUCUAUGGACUAUCAAACUAUUAGCAAGAAAGGAUCUUGUUUUGCAGAGCAGGUGCAGGUGAUUCUGUAUAUAGAAUUUUGUUGUAUGUUCAAUAAAUGUGGUUGGAGGAAAGCUUGGAUCUUUUCUGGAUUCUCUAA